UUUAAAAUUUUAGCCAUGCUUACUAACAGCUAUUUUAAUGAUUUUGGUAUUGUUGUGGUUUUUGUUGGAUUAUAAAAGUAUGACGAAUGUAAUUUUUCUUUUUGUUGUAUUUAUAAUAUUACUCCGAACGACUUAUCAACUGGAUUAUUUUGAACAUGGUAAAUGGAACAUAAAUAUAGAAAAUGAUGGAAAAAUUCUUAACUUGACAGAAAUUAUCGGUCUACAAAAAUGGAGCAAUGCAUUCAUGUUUGUUAAAUCGACUUCUAACAUGAUCUUAAUAAUAUUUAUAAUGGUUGUAAGGAAAAUUAUAGAAGUCCAUUUGAAAUUCAAAUAUUACCCUGAAAAAAUACCGUCAGUGGUUUUUUAUCAUAUUUCAGCUCAGCAGAUGAAUGAUGGACUUUUAGAAUGGUUGAUGUGCAUAAUAAAUGAAGGGUUUACAUAUUUUGGUGUUGAGAUAACUCUUAUGUGGGUUGUUAUACUUGUAGCUACUAACAUUGAUGGAUUUUCAAUUAUUUAUGUUUUAUGGAUUGCAAUAUUCGCCUAUCUUGGUUAUGAAAAAUCAUCCAAGUAUUGGUCUAUAUUUGUUGCAUUCGUGUAUUUUACUAUAGUGUUUAAAUAUUUACUGCUUUUUAAAACUUUGAUUGAUAUUAAGUUUGAUGAAAACUUAUUGAAUAAAAUUGGACCACUUAGUAAUAUUCUAUCUAUUAUAAGCGUAUUGGAUCAUAAAUCUAUAAUAAAAAGAUUGUGUGGACUAGAUUUUGUAGUCUACUACUUUGUUUCUCAACAGUCAUUAAUAUUUAAGACCAAAAAUAAACCUAUAAAUGAACUUAUUGAUACUAAAAGUGAAGAAUUACCAGACAAUUUGAUGACUAAAAGAGAAAAUUUUAAUGUACUAAAACAGAAUAUAUUAUACAUAUAUGCAAAUUUUGUGAUGUUAGUAGUAUUUCUAAACGGCGUAUGUUAUCCAGAUAAAAUAGCUCUAGGCUACUUAUACACGUCAUAUUUAUUUUUUUCGAAAGGUCCUAAAUUUUAUUUACAGCUAUAUUCCAACAUUAUAAAUUUUUUUGAUGAUUUUGACAAUAAUGUAAAUAAACAUAGACAUUGGUUUAUUCAAUUUAUUGUAGCAUUAAGAGAUGCUAUAAUAUCGUGUUCUGACUUACUUUGUUAUUUUGCAGCAUUUAUAUACACAACCGUCAAUUUAUAUGAUUAUAUCUCUAUUACACUUUUAGUCGUAAUGAUAUUUUGGGGAUUGUUAUCAGUCCCAAGAGAAAGUAAAAAUUUCUGGGUGGUACUUAUUAUGUAUAUGCAGGGUGCAAUAUUGUUAAAACAUUUUUGUAAUAUAUCCUAUUUACCUUGGAUUGAAGAACAGUCAAGAUUAGUAAAUGGUUCAAUGGGUGGCAACCUUAUGUUCUAUCCUACAAUUAAAAUUGGAGUAGCCAAUUACAAAAAUACAUUUUAUGUAGAUUUGAUAGUAUUACUAUUUUUAUACAUUCAUAGAGCUAAAUUAAUGAAAAUUGGACUCUGGAUACAAAAUGACAAUUUAACUAAUAUACGUAUAAAAAUAUCACCACUAGACGAAAAUAGAUUGUUGAAAUCUAUCAGAUUGUUUUGUGAGAUUAUUAAAAUACAUUUCAGUCCUAUGAUAAACUUUUCAAAUGAUCUUUAUCGGAAUCACAUGGUUAAAAGCGUAGAUGUUUAUCCUUAUAUGUUUUUGUUAAUUGUUUUUUUGAUGAUCUUCAAUUUAAUUAUAUGGCAUGAUGCAGUAGAAUCUGUCAAGCUAAGUAGAAUUUCCAGUAAAAUCAUUUAUGAAAUUAUAGUGCACUUCAUUAUGCUACUUUUAGAUCGAUGGUUUUAUGUUCGACAAAAUAAACUUGGCAAAUUAAUUUUUCAUAUGAUUUUCACGACAAACUUCUUUUAUGUACUAAUUGAAUUGGCAGAUAUGUUUGAGUAUAAUUAUUUCGUAUUAUGGGCUACCAUUGAAUUUGUUUAUAUAAUGCUUUCCGCUUAUCAAAUUCGUGCUGGAUAUUCUUCUAGAAAUAUUGGUUCAUUUAUUUGGCAUCAUUAUAGCAUAUUAAAUUUAAUAAUAUUUAAAGUGUACUACUAUUGCCCAUUUGUAUACGAAUUAAGAUUGGUGUUUGAUUGGAUAUGGACGGAUUCUACAUUAACCAUGUCUGAAUGGUUUAAAAUGGAAGAUAUAUUUGUACACAUUUGUACUGUAAAGUGCAUAAAUCGAUUGCGUUUUUUAUUGGAUAAUCCUCGAGGAAAAAAAAUUUCACGUAUGACUAAAAUUGUGUUUGGAGGAUUAGUUGCCAUAAUAAUCCUAUCGGUGAUAAUAUUUCCAAUAUUAUGGUUCUCUUUACCUGAAGGUAUACCUGAUACUCCGAAACAUGUAACCAUGCAUAUAAGGUUUUAUCGAGAUACCACAAUAUUAACAACAAAAUCUGCUGAUAUUUACAGCCUAGAUACAUUGGAUUUUGCUGCAUUGAAAGAAGUGUAUAAAAAUCAAUUAUCCCACUUUUUAGAUGGCUAUCGAUACAAUGAAAUCAGUUCAGUGAGUAUAAAAUUGGAAUCAUCUACAGCAUGGUUUGUUACGCCGCAUACAUUUAACACUGUAUUAAACAAAUUACAAGAUUCGAAAAAGGUAAUGAAAUUAUUUGUAGAAUGGUUUAUCUCUCAUGAAAAUGGUUUGACGAUAAGUCAUGGCUCUAACACUAUUCCACUUUUUUGGGAUGUGCGCCAAGAAAUACUUGAGUGCAUCAGUCGUUCAAUAAAUCAUACAAAAAAACAAAAUUAUAACGAUUUGUGUAAAGGAGUUUAUAUUAAACACGUCUUACCAAAAUUUUUAGUCACUCAUUUAAAGUCAACAGAGGCAAAAGUUAUUCCAAAAUUUAUGCAACAUGAUCAAGAAAAUCCAUAUAUGGAUGUGAUUCUUAAAUUUCUUUGCGACAAAGAUGCAAAAAAAUCAUACUGGUGGGGCUUGUCAGAAGUAUGUCCUGAAAGUGACAAAGGCAACUAUCUUAAAGAAAUACCUCAUUCCUCUUGUAUAAGGAAUGAAACGAAAAGUUCAAGAGGAUUUAAUUCAUACAAUAUUUAUAUAUUUAGUGACAGACGUUCUAACUUAUUUGGGAAUUUUGAUAGUGAAGGAGUUUUUGGCCUUUAUACAGCUGUUAUAGUUUAUUUUGGAUUUAAAGUUGCUCACGAUUUAUUUCGAUCAUUUAAAUUUAAAUUAAUAUAUACAGAAAUGCCUUAUCCAGAUCGUAUUUUACAGUUAUGCCAAGAAAUUUAUUUAGUUAGAUCGUUUGGUGAAUGGGAAAUGGAGGAAGAUUUGUAUGCCAUGUUAAUUUAUUUAUUCAAAUCGCCGGAAACAUUACUUAAAUUUACAAAAAUGCCAAAUUAACAAUUGAAAGAUAAAUUCUUUAAAUAUGUAAUUAUUUUAUUGUUUUACCUUUUUUUUUGUUUUAAUUAUCAUUUUGUAAAUUUUUAAUUCUUCACAAAUUCUAUAUUUUACCUUAUUUUUAUAGCA